AUGUCGGGCCGCAGCGCCUACGUGCGCAAAAAGAUCACCGAGACAAAGCCAGGCGAGAAGAGCGCCGAUGCUCGCGGCCGGGCCAAGUCGAGCGCCAGUUCCGAUAAUGCGACGCUCAGCGACUACCCUGUCGGAGGCGUGCCUGGCUUGCGUCAGGACCGGGAGCGGGAGAGGGAUGUCACCGGGGUCGGUACAACGAACGCGCGCUUUCUCAAGUUCUCGGAGCCCGCCCGGGAGGAUGAGACGCUAGCCUACCACAACGGGAUAGCCGGUUACGGGAACCAGAGCAGCGGGAGCCAAAGCGGAUCCAGUGUGGAUGGGCGGAGGGACGGCGCAACAACGUCGCACUUGCACAGACCUCUCGAUGACUUUGCAUAUGCCCGUGCCAGACGACCCGUCAUCAAGACCGAAGACGUGUCAGGCAUCGAGAAGUCGGGCCUGAGGUCUGCCCUAGACAAGAAAAGUGACGAAGUGCGCAAAGGACUGGUGAAAGCCUUCACCUUCAAGAAAAAGGACAAAAAGGGUCAUGAUACCGACGCCGUCCUCGACUUUAGACCGCAAUCCGCGGCAACUGUACGGCCAACCUUCGCCCCGGCAAGUCACUCUCGAGAGCCCAUUGACGAAGAAUAUGAGCCGGACGUGCCACCUGUGGGGUACCAGGGAGGAACACCCCUGAGCCCUGAUGUGCCGUGGGAUGAGAGGGGUGGCUUGAUGUCGCCGUCGCAGAUCGCAAACAAGCCAUCCACCGUGUUCGAUGUCGUCAACGCCUUCCAUGUCAAGCGUUGGAUCGGUGGCGGGCGGCCGGUGCAACGGUGGAACAAGUUGAGAAAAGACCCGGAAUUAUGGGACCCGAACGGAGAUGUGCUUGUCUUCUUUGGCUAUCGAGGCCAGUCGCCCCGACCGGAACCUUCUUUUCGGCUCUCGUCGCACGUCAUUGAGGCUACGGAAUCUCGAUUCCUCAUCACUCUCCUGCGGGAGGGCUCAACAGAAGAGGACAUUCAUAUGCCCACGUCUCCUCCCGGCGCGCCGCCAAUGCUGCAACACCAUGGUUCGUAUAGGCAUCAACAGCAUCUUGGCCCAGCCGAGUUUGGCCACAGUAGGGAGCCAACACCGCCUAUUUCACAGGACAGCAGUCUCCGGGAGAUGGACGGGCAAAUCUCGUACGAGAUGUACUUCCCCGUACCCACCCACAUGACCAGACUCGACCAAGUGCGGGACGUCAUCACCACCCGGAAUAUCUUUGCCUUAUUGUACCACGCUUCCCUGGUCGGCUUGUCCCUGCACCAGGCGCUAGCGGACCUCUUCUCUCGCUUAGAGAUGUACAUGCAGCCGGACGCUGACAAUGUGGGCACGAUCCUCGACUAUCUCGCGGCGCGUGGCAUUGACGAUGUUCGCAACGACCCCGAGACGGCCGUUAGCCUCUUGGCUUGGAGCGAGGGCAGCGACAUCCGGUGGGAAGAAGGGUGGUGUGAGAGUUUUCUGCAUUGCGCCGGCAUGUAUUCUCGGCUUGAGAAAUGUGCCGACUUCCACCAUGUCACACCAAUCACUCGGACUCUCCUCGAGCGAGCCUACCUCGAGACGCAGCUGCGGGUCCAAGCCGCAGAGGAACGGCUGGCGGCGUUCCAGUACAGCAGCAUGUGGCCAUCGUCUGUCGCCAUUCCUGCCAACGCGAGCGGGCCUGUCGGGGUAUCCCCGGCCAAGGCUGCGGCUGACAGGCUGCAAAUGUUCUUUGUGCAAUAUUACACACGAGAAUUUGGGUCAUGGCCGCCGCCGCCGCCGCGGCAGGCACCCGGCCAGCCGGCCAUUGGCAUUGCCCAUGGCGGGGACGAUGGGGAGGAGGAAGUCUGGCUGACAAGGACGGUGGCCCAGACACUGCAAAGGGACUUUGCGGCCCUGUAUGACUACUUGGUCAACAGGGAUAUUGUGUGGGACGGGUCCGAGGCCAGACCAGGUCGGAAGUGGAUGCUGGUGAGCGAGAGCGGAAACCGAGCGUUCGAGGCUGACCGGCCCGAGGUGCCCAUGACCGACAUGCUCAUCGAGUUUGACAAUAAGAACCGGUUCCCACACAUUCCUUACCCCUAUCCGCUGGUGCCGGAAUCCAUCCCUCCCGGCGCAGGAGGAGGCGGUACCGGCAGGAGCGGGGCAAUGGAGCGGCGUAUACAGCUGGCGUAUGCCGAAGCGACCAACAUAUACGUCCUAGGCUCGGAAUCUACCCACUCGAACCUCAUCGACGCCUUUGGGAAAUUCGAGAAGGCCGACCGCAUCGGCGAUGUUGACCCGGCUACUGCCCGCCUGGGCCGAUGGGUGCUCAUCUACGGCGUCCUGCAGACGCUCGCCAGUAUCUCGGUCGACGCGCCCAACGUGCGCUACCGCGACGGCGUAGCCUACCACCUCUCGCCGCGCCUGAAGGGUGCCAAGAUGCCGCCGUGGAAAUCCAGCAGCCACCACGAUGCCCACCGUCACCGUCACCACAACCCGUUCCCCGAAGCCACGCACGAGUUAUCUCACUGCUGGACCGUCCCAGCAACGUGGAGCGCAGGGUCCAGGAGUGCCUCCAAUGCCAACACCAGCGGCGCCGAAAGCUCGGCCGAGGAAGGCGGCGGCGGCGACGCAAGCCCCGUCCGCGCGUACGGCUACCGAGGCAAGAAGUACCCCUUCCCGAUGCCGCAGCACAAAAAGCUACCCCUGCCGCCGCCGAGCGCCACUAGCAUCAGCACGACAAGCCGCUCGGCGCACCGGAGCAACAGCAGCAUCCGGACGACGCCCUCGGCCGCCGGCAGCGCCCCGACCUCGGCACUGCCGCCGACUCCAACGAGCACCGCACACACCGCCAGCAGCGUCUACACGGCGGCCACAAGCACCAGCAGCAGCUCGGCACCCACCAGCCUGACGGCGUCAGCGGCAUACUCGUCGCACGAGAGCGACUGCUCCUCCUCCAUGUCGCCCACCUCGCCUCCUUUCCCCUCUGUCCCGGCAAGACACCGCGGCCGUCGGCCAGGACGCGAAAACAACAGCAACUCUGCCGUCGCUCAUCAUCAUCACAUGGUCUCGCCUGCUGUUGGUGGUGGAGGGAGGAGGUAUAUCGACCCUGUCGAGGAGGAGGAGCAGUACCAUGCUCAUCAUGCCCAUGCGCAUGCCAGGCCGCCGCCGGGACGCUACGAGCAGCAGAUGGGCGGCGGCGGCAGUAGCAGCCAGAACUGGAAUAACAACAACCACAACAACAACAACGGGUAUAGACAGGGUAGCAGCGCGUUCCUGGUUCUGGACGAACUGAUGGAUGAUGACGAAGGGGAGGGGUUUGCCACGGCGUUCAACAGCGCGGUGCGGUUAGGAACGGAGAGUGGAUGGGAUAGAGAUCAGGAUCGUCAGGGACAAGUUCCGGACAGGCGAACCAGGGGUGAUCGGGAGGAUCGGAGCGGUCACAGCCCAAGCCCAGGCCCGGUUAUUCGGGAUUUUGAUGAUCUGGAUGUCAUUGACCAGCAUGCGCCGUGA